AUAUACAAUUAUACUUAAAACUAUACAUGGUAUAAAUACAUAUUAGUAAUUUAAAAAUGUUGUAUUACAAAAAUGUAUGUAUAAUGCACCAUUGAAUAAUUAAUAUACUCAAUUUAUUAUUCUAACUCAAUUUUUAUAUCUCCAAAAAUGUCUUCAAAAAAUAAAGAGGAUGAAGCUGUUUCCAUCUUUAGAAAAUAUUUACAGAUACCCACAGUCCAUCCCAAUGUUGAUUACAGUGAAUGUGUAAAAUUUCUACAGUUCCAAGCUGAAAGUAUAGGGCUACCAUUUAAAAUUUACUAUAUGGCACCAAAAAAACCGGUAGUUAUAAUUACAUUUCAAGGAGAAAAACCUGAAUUACAAUCUGUGUUGCUUACAUCUCAUAUGGACGUCGUGCCAGUUUAUCGAGAAAAAUGGACGUAUGAUCCUUUUUUAGCUUACAAAGAUGAACAAGGAAACAUAUAUGCUAGAGGAACACAAGAUAUGAAAUGCGUUGGUAUACAAUAUUUAGAGGCAAUAAGAAGAUUAAAAAAUAAUAACUUAACUCUUGAUAGGACCAUUCACGUUUCUUUCAUGCCUGAUGAAGAAAUAGGAGGAAUUUUAGGUAUGGCCCAUUUUGUUAAGACAAAUGAAUUUCGUUCUAUGAAUAUUGGAUUUACAUUAGAUGAAGGCUCGGCAACUAUAGACGAUGUUAUUCCUUUGUAUUACGGCGAAAGAACAAUUUGGCAGUUUUUCAUUCGAAGCACUGGGAAUUCAGGUCACGCCUCACUACUUCAUGAUAAUACGGCUGCUGAAAAAUUGUUAUUCGUGGUAAAUAAAAUAUUAAACUGGAGGACUGAGGAAAAGUUAAAAUUGUCCCAAGGUAUGGAUGUCGGAGAUAUUACAUCUGUAAACAUGACAAUGUUGGAUGGGGGAUGUCAACUAAACGUUGUACCCUCAGAGUUUUCUGCUGGUUUCGAUGUUCGGUUGGCUAUAGGCACAGAUCGUCGUGCUAUAGAAGAUAUGAUAAAUGGAUGGUGUCACGAAGCUGGGGAGGGUGUACGGCUAGAAAAUUUCAAAACAAAUGAACCGACCAUACCCACUAAACUAGAUGAUUCAAAUCCCUGGUGGUUAAAAUUUAAAAGUGAAUGUGAUAAAAUGAAGUUAAAAUUAAAACCAUCUAUUUGUUAUGGAGCCGGUGAUUCCAGACACAUCAGACUAAUUGGAAUUCCUGCAAUUGGAUUCUCUCCAAUGAUGUAUACACCUGUGCUUUUACACGAUCACGACGAAUAUUUGAACGAAAAUACGUUUUUGAAUGGAAUUAGUAUUUAUUAUAACAUAAUCAAGGGGUUAGCAACUGCAUAAAAUGUAUUAUUCAUUAUAGGUACAUAAUUUAAAAGUUGGAAACACUGCAGGAUUAUUGAAAAAGAUAAUCCAAGGUUAAAAUGAUAAAUUGUCGUUUAAAAUAAUGUACCUACUUAAAUACCUAUUUUAUAUAAUCUGUUCUUCAAAUCAUUAAAAUUUAUAUUAUAAUACCUAAGUCUAUAAAAUUAAACUUUUAAGUUGCUAUAAACUUAUUCUCAUUUCCCUAAAAAUACAUAGAUUUAUAUAAAACCUAUUUCUCAACAAAAAUAGAGAAAUAUUUCUUUUGAAAAUUCAAAUUUUCUUAUUCUAAUUUCUAAAGUCUAAAAAUCAUUAAUAAGAAUAAAGUAUAAACACUAUAAACAGAUAAGCAAUAGACAAUGGCAUAGAUAUUUUCGGUAAUUAAAAUUUUAUUUAUAAUAGCUGCCGAUAGGUAGCGUUGCAUGAAUUAAAAUUAUUAUUAUUAGUAUUUAUUACUGAAGACAAAUAAAUCAUAUUUCUAGACAGGUAUGCGACAAUGACAAAAAAAACGAUAAGCCCAUGUUUUCUUAGCAUCACACUAUAGCCACAAUAAAUAUUACUAAUACGUCAUACCAUAUGUAACCAGAAAGUAAUAAAUAAUUAUUUAUGUUUUUACGAAAAAUUAAUUUAUUUUUCAAUUUUAUAUUAUGAUUAGUAUAAAAACUGAUUUGUGCGGGAGUAUUUCACAUUAUUGAUACACUAGGUAUAGACUAGAUUUAGUAGAUUUACCAAAUUUUAACUGCAAUAGCCAAUAGAGAAAAUGUUUAUCCAUUUCGUAGUUUUUAUUUUUAUUUUUUUGUACUUAAUAUUUUAUUCUAUAAUCAAUGAUAUAACAAGUAUAUAAUAUAGGUUAUACAUUUUUAGUGUGCAUGUCAUCUCAUCACAACAUAUUUAAUUAUAAUUAUUAAUUAUUAUACGUCUUAUUAAAGUUAUAUAUGUAAAAUUC